AUGGAACGUGUUUUAAUAGAGGGGUUGUUCGGAUCUGACGGGUUGCAGAAAUUACUUAAAUCUAAGAGUCUCACCAGUUUCGCACUUGCUUGCCUCAUCCCACUUUGCAUUAGUCUAUUAUUGGGGAUCUGUCGCUUACGGCGUGGACGGGUGUGUGAAACAGAUCGCGUUCGCAUAGCGCCCUUACUCAUGUUCUUCUCACUCUUGACAGACAGCGCUAAUGCUGAUAAUGAGAAGCUCCUUGUGAGUCUCCUCCAUCCUUCACUGUUAGAGGAAGGAAUGGUGGAGCCUGGAGUGCUGCAGGCCACGGCUCGGUGUUUGUGCGACAAAUUCGGCAAGCUCGUCAGCAUUUCAAAUGCCACGAUACGUGUCGCACGCAGUGGUAGGCAAACUAACUGUGAGGGCCUCGUUGACUUUGAACAUGUGAAGCAGGUAUGGUGCCAUCUAUCUUGGGUAUGGCGCCCCAUCCAGACGAGGCAAUGGAAGGACAAGUCGCGAGAGGAGUCCGGCACGUCAAGGUUCUCUGCGAGUGGCAUCAAUCUGGAUAUAUUGAAUGCGUUUUAUGUCACGGACUUUCAUGUAGAACUGAAGAAGGGGGACUGCUUGAAUCUAGAAAAGUAUGUGAAUCCUGAUGACUUUCAAUCUUUUGCUAAGAGCUUUGUGAAAAGAAUAUUUGAAAAACCCCCUACGGAUGCCGUGGGUAUGAUGAUGCCAACUCUUCAGAAGGCUUAUCUCAAAAAUAAUGUAAAUAAUCUCCAGGAAGAGAUACAACAGGUGCUGAACAUCUGUGGUGGUCUGGCACACGGUGUAGAGUCCACAAAUUGGAUGGACGCCAUCCUGGUUGAAAGGAAAACAGUUUCCUCAAUGCCAAAGGUGAGGGUCGAUGGGGAUGUUGGGGAAGAUACUUCCACUAAGGAGAACCGUAUGGCAACAGCUGGCAGUAUCGAGGUGCUUUGUCAGAUUGGCGGCGGCACGCACGAUAUUGAGGUGUCAAUGUGUAUUACCUUUUAUGGACUCCAUUGUGUUGUUACACAAUACGAAGUCAGACCAAAAUCAGAUGAGCCUUCAAAAAACAUCGUUGAAUGA